AUGGGCACUCUUCCUGAUCAAAUUAUCGAGGCGAAGAAGAUAGGUACUCUUCCUGAUUUGAGCGCAAUAAUAGCGGCCCAGCUGGGGCUGACUAGCGGGGAAGGACCCUCAACGACGGUUCCUCGUUCUGACGAAGUUUUCCCUUCUGAUGCCAGAAGUGCGGGGAAGGGCAAGAAAAGGAAAAGAGGCGAUGGUUCGGGAGACGGGAGGAGUACUGAGGAGACGAGUGAUGUCCCUCCUUCCAGCGAGCCCCGAAAGAAGAGCAAGAAGAAAAGGACAAAGAAGAAGUCCGCCGGCGAGCAGUUGGAAGAUGCUGACGAGCAGAUCGAGCAAGAGGAAGAGGAUGCUCGAGGAGAAGAAAUUCAGCCCGAAGAGAGGGGAGGGGAACGCGAGACUUCUCUUAAUGCCGCCUGCUCGGGUGAUUCCGAGGAAGAUAGCGAAGGGUCGCCACUCCUGAUAAGGAGGGGAAAUGACGAAGACGAUGAUGAGAGGCGGUCUCCUGUUCUGACGUUUCCUCGCGAGAGAACUCCAGUCCCCGUCGGAGGAGGGGCCGUCCAGAUCGGUACUUCUUCCCGUGGCUCCGCUAUCCUAAGGAGGGCUCACGGAUUCAGCUUUCCCGAUAAGGUCGACUUCCACUAUGAGGGACCGGCUCCCUUAGUGUACGUUCCAGAGAAAUGUGGGGAGUUUCUCUGUCAACUAAGAGGGAGGGCGAAACCUCUUCCUGCUGUGAAGGACCUUAUCUUCGGGGGUGAAUACGAAGAAGCUGCAAGGGCCAAACUGCUGGGUGAUAGCACGAUGAAUGUCGUGAUUGAUAAAUAUGACACGGCGCUUAAGGGAGCCUUGGGGGAGCUCGAGCUGGCCAAGAAAGAUUUUGCUGAGAAGGAAGAGGUUUCUGCUCGUCAACUGAACGAGGCAAGGGCCAAUCUGCAGAAGCUCGACGGGGUGAUGGCUCGCACCGUUGCUCGGCGCGAUGAGUUUAAAGCCGCGCUGGAGUCGUCUCGAAGAACCAUCCGCGAGCUUGAACAGAAGAAUGCUGACCUCGAGAGCGAGAGGGCUUCACUCGCUGCCACGCACGAGCGAGAGAUGAAACGUCUGAGAGACUCCAGAAUCUUGGAGUGCUUGGUCGCGCUUUUCCUCGAUGUCGUCGAGUGCGUCCAGCAGCGUGUCACGGUUGAGUUCGACGUUUUGUGGCAUUCGUGA